AUGCAAUUGGACAAUGAAAUUGUUUUCAAUGAAGCUAUAAUUGAGGAAAGGGAGCAAGCCAUUCAAGAGAUCCAACAACAGAUUGAGGAGAUCGAUAUGAACAUUGACAAUUCUGAAGUGGUGACCAAAGAGGCAAAGAAAGAGGUAACCAAAGCAGUGAAGACUCAGAAAUCGAACUCGUCCCUGAUUUGCUUGCUUAUGGUCAUAUUUGGGGUCGUGCUGCUUGUUGUGAUUAUAGUUUUGGCAGCUUGA